UGUAGACGACGAAGUCUUGCCAGAAGGGGGCGGGGCAGGGUGGCGUAUGCUCUAAAGGGCUCGAAUAACUGACAGCGUGUGUGUGUGUGUGUGUGUGUGUGUGUGUGUGUGUGUGUGUGUGUGUUUAUCUGUGAGGCUGUGUCUGUGUGUGACGAUGUUAUUGUAUGUGAGACUGCGUGUCACCUGGUGCAGCUGUCUGCUAAUGUGACUGCGUGUGUCAGUGUGCAUGCAGCUGAGUCUGUAGCUGUGCAAGUGUAGCUGUCCAAGUGUGGAGUUACGUGUGGGUCCUCCCAUGCACAGGUUUUGGUGAGAUUGGGCUGUGUGUUGGUAUGUGUGAGAAGGACUGUGACCACAUCAGGGAAUGUGUUUUGGGAAGGUCUCUGUAGGGUUUAAGACUGCCUACCAGCGUAAGAGUGGAUGGCUGGGUUUGUGAGUGCCAAUGUGUGACUUCAGCAGUAGCAGAGCAAAAGUGAGACUUGUGACUAUGUGUGUGUCCUAUGUCCUAACUUAGACUGUGUGGGAGUAUGACUGUGUUCAUAUAUUGGGGGACCCACUUCAGUAGCUGAUAGGACUGACUUUCUACUUUGUAUCCAGCACAGUCAGUCCCCAACACACGUGGCUUCCUCCUUCUGUUCAAGAAUUCCCACCACUGGUCUACGGCUGCUUAUUUUCUGUUUCUGUGUCUGACUCAGUUUCCUUGCAUUCCUUUUUCUCUUCCUAUUACUCUCUUCCUAGAGAUAUCUCUCCCUGUCUCUUCACACUUUUGUCUCCCCAGCUAUAUCUGUGUAUGCACUUUUCUAGUUGUGCCUCUCAUGCUUUUCAUCUCUGUGUCCCUGUUCCUGACUCCCCAUUUGCCUUCAUCUCUCUGGCUACCUGGGGGCCUGUAACAGCCAUGCAAUGUGGAUCAGCCAUUGCCAGGAGCUCCCUUGUAGAGGGUGCUUUAACCAUGAUGAGGAGUUGUUUUUAGGGAGUGCUGUGACCCCAUCCCAGGGGCAGUGUGUGUCUGUGUGUAUGUGUGUGUGUGUGUGUGUGUGUGUGUGCAUGAAUGUGUGUAAAUGUGUCUGAGUCUGAGUGAGGAUGUCUGAGUGUGUUGGUGUGGCUGUGAGUGACUGAGAGUGUGAGUCUGAGGGUAAAUGUGGGUCUUGUGUAUCUGGCACCAAGGGACCAAAGGCAUUUCCUGGUGCUGGGGCCCAAAGAGUAGAGGGGGAGGUGAGAAAUGGCUGGAACUUCCAGGUUGGUGGAGGGGACCAGACUCUUUGGCCUCUCCUUAUGUCCCCCAACCUGGGGCCUCCCUUCUCCUCAAAACACAGUCAGCUGUGCCCUAAGGAAACAUUUGCUGAAGAGUGAAAAGAGUGGGAGCAUGAGUCUGUGUCUGAUUUUUUGUUGGAUUUUGUCCAUGUGUGUUGAAGGGAGUGUCUUUUCUGUUAACUGUGCCUAGUGAGUCCACGCGUGAAUGUGGCUGUGUUUGGCUGUGUGAAAACACAGGGCAUCUCUCAUUGACAGGGACAUAAGCAUAAGUAACCCUCCUCUCCCUCUUGCUGGCCUUGGCUGCAUCUGUGGCUUCCUUUCCAGACUUGGGGGAGGCCUCUUCCCUUCCCAGGGCCUCGGGUGGGAAGGCAGGGGGGAGGAGGAGUCGGGGGAGGGGGCCUGGCUAGGGGCGGCUGAGCUCUGGGGCUCAGAGGGGGCGGGACAGGGAAGGGGAAGGAGGGGAUGGUUCUGGGGUCCCAGAACUCAGUGGAGCAGGAGACGGGUGCUGGAGCUGGUGGGAGGAAGUCCUGGAGGCCAUGGACACUCAGCCACUGGGAUCACCAAGAUGAGCAGCAGUUGCUCAGGGCUGAGCAGGGUCCUGGUGGCCGUGGCUACAGCCCUGGUAUCUGCCUCUUCCUCUUGCCCCCAGGCCUGGGGCCCCCCAGGGGUCCAGUAUGGGCAGCCUGGCAGGCCUGUGAUGCUGUGUUGUCCCGGAGUGACUGCUGGGGCCCCAGUGUCCUGGUUUCGGGACGGAGAACCAAGGCUGCUCCAGGGACCGGACUCUGGGCUAGGGCCUGAACUGGUCCUGGCCCGGGCAGACAGCACUGACGAGGGCACCUACAUCUGCCGGACCCUGGAUGGGGCACUUGGGGGCAUGGUGACCCUGCAGCUGGGCUACCCCCCAGCCCGCCCAGUUGUCUCCUGCCAAGCAGCUGACUAUGAGAACUUCUCCUGCACUUGGAGUCCCAGCCAGGUCAGCGGUUUACCUACCCGCUACCUCACCUCCUACAGGAAGAAGAUGGUACCAGGAGCUGAUGGCCAGAGGAGGAGUCCAUCCACAGGGCCCUGGCCAUGCCCACAGGACCCCCUAGGGGCUUCCCGUUGUGUGGUCCAUGGGGCAGAGUUCUGGAGCCAGUACCGGAUUAAUGUGACUGAGGUGAACCCACUGGGUGCCAGCACACGCCUGCUGGAUGUGAGCUUGCAGAGCAUCUUGCGCCCUGACCCACCCCAGGGGCUGCAGGUGGAGUCAGUACCAGGUUAUCCCAGGCGCCUGCGUGCCAGCUGGACAUACCCGGCCUCCUGGCCCCGCCAGCCCCACUUCCUGCUCAAGUUCCGGCUGCAGUACCGUCCAGUGCAGCAUCCAGCCUGGUCCAUGGUGGAACCAGCUGGAUUGGAGGAGGUGAUCACAGACGCUGUGGCUGGGCUGCCCCAUGCUGUACGGGUCAGUGCCCGGGACUUUCUGGACGCUGGCACCUGGAGUGCCUGGAGCCCAGAGGCAUGGGGGACUCCAAGCACUGGGCCCCUACCGAAGGAAAUACCAGCUGGAGGCCAGCUAUACAUGCAGCCAGAGGCGGAGCCUCAGGUGGACAGCCCGGCUCCUCCAAGGCCUUCCUUUCAACCAGACCCGAGGCCGCUUGAUCACAAAGAUCCCCUGGAGCAGGUGGCUGUGCUAGCAUCUUUGGGAAUCUUCUCUUUCCUGGGACUGGUGGCUGGGGCCCUGGCAGUGGGGCUCUGGCUGAAGCUGAGACAGAGUAGGAAGGAUGGACCCCAAAAGCCUGGGUUCUUGGCCCCAAUGAUUCCAGUGGACAAGCUUCCAGGAGCUCCAAACCUGUAGAAGACCCAGGAAGGCUUCAGCUGAUUCCACCUAUAACUCUGUCUUGCUGGUAUGGAUGGAUGGACAGAUAGAACCCAGCCAGGACAGUAAUCCCUAUGGACAGGGGCUCAGCUGGAAGUUUUGUUUGGAGUCCAUUUCUGUGAGACCCUGUAUUCCAUACUUGUCAGCUGAAAGGUGCCUGGACCUCUGAUUUCAUCCCGUAGCUGGAGUUCCACCUGAGGAACGUGUGCAGAUGUGUAUGUUUGUGUCCACGUGUGACCAUCUGUAUGUGAGGCAGGGAACGUGUGUUCUAUGCAUGCAUGCAUGUAUGUAUGUGGGUGCCUGGGGAGUGUGUGUGGGUCCUUGGCUCUUGGCCUUGUCCCUUGCAGGGGCUGUGAAAAUGCAAAUAAAGAGAAUGAAGAAGUUCUUGGGGA